AUGAAGCACAAAAGAUUCGAAGAGAACAUUUUAGUGGACGAAGCGUAUACGAAUUACGGUAAAGUUGAUAAAAACGCUGACGAAAAAAAAGGUUAUGGUAUAGCAAAACAUUUCGCUGAUACCCUGGAAUAUGCGGACAAAAAGAAAUGGUAUCAGCAGCUACCAGAAGAGCCUUCGACACAGGGAUCUAUCACGCAAGAAAAAGUCGAAGAACUCCGUAAAGAAGCGAGUAGUGCUCUACAUGGUGACACAUUAGCUUACGAAACAAAAUCAAGUAAAACUGGUUCAUCCGAUCAACAGUGGGCUCGCACAUUAUUAACCAAAGGUACAAUCGGAGACAGAGUGGCCGCAGCAACAAUAUUAAUACAGGACAACCCAAUAUAUAAUUUGACGGCAUUAAGGAAUUUAAUUAAUAAUGUGAAACCGGCUAAGAAGAAAGAUGGAAUAGUUAUAAUAGACGCCGUAUCAGAACUAUUAGUAUCAGAACUUCUCAUUCCUGAUACAAAGCUGCGAACGUUUCAACAACAUCCCUUACAUGCUAUCGAUGAAAUCACAUCUGGCAACAAACAAGCCCGACGUAAUGUUCUAAAGCUAUGGUAUUAUGAGGAUCAACUUAAAGAGUUGUAUGGAACUUAUGUGGAAGCAUUAAACAAGUUUGCUCACGACACAGUGGAUGCUAAUAAGGAGAAGUCUAUCAGUGCCAUGUCAUACCUGUUGAUGCAUCACCCGGAGAGAGAAAAGAUGCUUCUAACAAAUAUAAUAAAUAAACUCGGUGAUCCUAGUCAAACGGUCGCAUCCAAAGUGAUCUACCAUCUCUGCCAACUGUUAUACAAUCAUCCGAAUAUGAAAUCUGUUGUUUUAGCUGAAAUAGAGAAGAUGUUAUUCAGAUCUAACAUAUCCCCCCGAGCCCAAUACUACGGAGUGUGUUUCUUGAACCAGUUCUUCCUCGGUAAAGAUGACAGUCGGAUAGCUGAGAACUUGAUCAGGAUAUACUUCUCAUUCUUCAAAGCUUCUAUCAAGAAGGGUGAAAUAGAUUCUCGUCUCAUGUCAGCCAUCUUAACUGGUGUGAAGCGAGCCUAUCCCUUCGCUGACAGGGAACGGUUGGUUGAAGCAUCUCAACAUGUGGAUGCAGUACACAGACUAGUACAUCUCGCUAAUAUUAAUGUGGCCAUACAUGCAUUAGCCUUGCUGUAUCAUAUAAGUGAUGCUAAUCAGGGGACUUCUGACAGAUACUACACAUCAUUGUACCGAAAACUGACCAAUUCAAACAUAUUCAAUACUACCCACUCUGCAUUAUUCUUCUCACUCAUAUACAAGUCGUUGAAGCAGGAUAAAGAUAUAGAUCGUGUGACGUCAUUCAUCAAGAGAUUACUACAACUAGCAUGUUAUAUGAGCCCUGGGCAAGCUUGUGGAAUGUUAUUCCUCAUAUCUCAAGUAUUGAAGAGUGAUGAUAAGAAAGAUGCUAUUAAACUGGUGUUUAGUGAGAUUAAAGAGGAAAUAAAAGAAGAAACUGAAGCUAAAAAUAAUGAAGAUAUUCCAGAAGAAUUAAUACAAUCAGAAGUUGAGUUAGAUGAAAGUAAGGUUGCUGCCGAGGAAAAUAUUGAACAGAAAAAAAUAGAUCUCUUAAUAGGAGAUAAGAAAGAUUUGUUAAUGGAUGAUGAAGAAGAAACUUACGUUGACCUCAAGAUAGAUGAUGAAGGUAAUAUAAAGCCUAAGAAGAGAAAUAAAAAUGUUGUGGCCGGCUGGUUCCAUGCUAGAGUGGACAAGAGGGACGUAGAAGAAAAAGAUGUUGAGAAACAGUUGAAGAAGGCUAUUAAUGUUGGAAAGACAAUAACCACUUAUAAUCCACUAUGCCGUGAUCCUCGUUUCACCGGAUCACACUUGACAGCGAUGGCUGAACUUACUAUGUUGAUAAAACAUCAUCAUCCGAGUGUCAAGAUGUUUGCUGAAAAAUUACUGAAUAAUCAAAUAAUCCAAUAUGGCGGUGAUCCUUUGAAGGAUUUCUCCGGUAUCCGUUUCCUGGACAGGUUUGUGUUCAAGAAUCCAAAAAAACGCACCGAGGUCAUUGACGGAGAGGUUAAGAAGGUCAAGGGGUCACAUCCAAAAUUCGCUGUGAGGAAGAAUUAUACAGCCAAAGGCAUCCGAAGUAUUGCUGUUAAUUCAUCAACAUAUUUGAAUGAAGAUGUCAAGAAAAUUCCUGUUGAUGAAAGAUUCUUAUAUGAUUUCCUUCAAAAGCGUCGAGCUGCUGUUGAUAGUGAUGAGGAAAGUGACAACGACUCAGUGACUAGUGAAGAUUUUGAGACUUAUUUGGAUUCAGUCACAGGAACUAAAGCACAGGAAUCCGAUGAGGAAUUGGAUUAUUUGGGUGAAUUGGAAUCAAGUAAACAAAAACGACCGAAGAAAUCUGAUGAUGACAAUGAUGAUGUGAUGAGUGAUGAUCAAGAUGAAGAUGAUGAUAGCGAAGGAGAACUCAAUAUAUCUGGUGAUGAGGAUGAACCAGUACUCUCUGGUGAUGAAGAUGAAUUAAUGUUAGAAGACAGUGAUGAAGAAGACCAGAUUGAUAUACCGGGAAAGAAAUCCAAAAAGAAUGCUAUUAAAUUAAAAGGUCACGAAAAUCUUGGGUCACUGUUUGCGUCAGCCGAAGAAUUCUCGACGCUUCUAGAAGAGACAGCUGCGAAUAAAAAACAAGGUUCAAGCCAAGCUGUAUCAAAUACAGACAAUUCAAGCACAAAACAACUAGCUUGGGAAGAAAAACGGGAUAGAUGGAUCAAAGGAUACAAUAAGAAAAUAUUGGGACACAAGAGCAAGGGCAAAAAAUUCAAUAAUAAAACGAAAAAUGUCAAAGGCACUAAAAUGUCUGAUAGAAAUAUUGGCGGGAAACGAAAAGGCGGAAAAACUGACGGCGUCGGUGGAAAAAAGAAGAAAACAAAAUAA